AUGCGAACACCUAGCGAACGACAGCAGCUUAUCUGUGAUGUGUUCCUUGUCAUGGCCUACCACCACAAUGAAGAAACAGAAAACUUACUUGACAGGACAAUGGGCCUGCCAACAACCCCGAGCUUUGCCAGAAUUCUGUUUCCGACUAACCCAAGGCUUCAGUUUGUCUGGGAGAUGCUAUUUGAGGAUGAGGCAGAGGCAGGUGAGAUUCUCGAGUACAUACUUCAUCACCGAUAUUUGCAAUCGCGAGGCCCUCCAACAACCCAUGACGAAUACGACCUUGGAAGGCUUUUUGACAUGCGUGAGGACGAUUUUAAACAAGCGGUUAGGACCACCAGGAGCGGUUUCAUCUGGCUGCUCAACAAGAUUCGAGGCCAUCCUGUCUUCUACAGUAAUAGUCGUCAAGAGCAACUUCCAAUCCCCCAUCAGUUGGCGCUUACACUUGAACGACUUGGAUCAAACGGAAAUGGAGCGUCGGUUGGUCGACUCUCUCGUAACCUGAGCCUCGGACGAGGCACCAUUGUCAAAGUCAGCCAAAGAGUAAUUCAAGCGAUCAACAAAGCUUCAGAAGGUUUCAUUUGUUGGCCUACACCGGAGAGACGAGCAGAAAUAUCUGAUGUGAUGAAGGAGGAGGGUUUUGAAGGAUGUAUUGGCUUUGUCGACGGGACUACGAUUCCUUUGCACCAGCGACCUGGUCUUGACGGUGAAGUAUACUGGGAUCACAAGAAGCAAUACUCCAUCAACUGCCAGAUCAUAUGUGACUGCGAUAAAUUCAUCACUUCAUUUAUGGCUGGCUGGCCUGGGACAUGCGGGGACAGCAUGGUACUCAAGUCCAUGAAGAUCCACUUGGAAGCCGAGCGGUUUUUUGAACCCGGCCAGUAUCUCCUUGCAGACUCGGCAUAUGGACUGUCAAUGACAACGAUCCCAGCGUAAAAAUCACCGGCAUCAAAUAUCCAGGUAAACAAAGAGUUUAACUAUUGUUUAGCCAAAUCCC